UAAGCACAUCAACUCUCUGACCAAAUUCCAUUAUGUUCUUGUGGAACAUGUCUCCAGAAUGCUGAAUUUCAGAACGAACGUGACCCCGAUGAAUUCGUGGGGAUUCCCAGUCAACAACACGACGAAUUACGAUGGAGUGAUUGGUUUGCUACAACGCGGAGAGAUUGAGGUGUCCUCUGUCGGCCUUUUGCACAAGACAGCGCGUAUGGAUAUUGUUGAUUACGCAGGGGAGACAGUGUGCUAUGAGGGCACAUUUCUGUUCCUGAAGCCGUCUCUCUCCGACGUCUCCAACAUAUAUACACUCCCCUUCAGUCGUGCUGUGUGGGUCACAUACCUCGUAACGAUGAUUGUCUUUUCUUAUGCCCUCUACGUUACUCAGAGAACAGAAAGUGGAAUUGACGACUCAGAAGCAACACGUCCAUUGUCAUUGACUGACUCCUUCUUCACUAUUAUUGGAAUCAUCUGCCAAGAAGGAUCUACUCGUGAUCCUCGGAGUCUGUCUUCUAGGAUUAUAUUCCUGUCUCUGCUGAUGUUGUCUCUGUUCCUCACUACAUCCUACUCGGCCAUCAUAGUGUCCUUAUUGCAGACAACCAGCACAGCAAUUAACAGUUUAAAGGACCUCAUGAACAGUCCGUACACACUUUCUAUGAACGAUGUAGUCACCAACAUGAACUAUGUUAAUGAAACAACAGACACUGAAAUCAAGGAUCUCUACUUCAAGCAUCUCUUCACCCAGCCACACCAUGAAGCUUUCACCAAGUCAGCGGUCGGUGUUGCGAAGAUGCGAAAGGGACUGUACGCCUAUCACGGCGACGCCGAUGCUUUCAAAAUCAUCAGCGAGACUUACGACGAGUAUGAGAAAUGCAGACUCAAAGACAUCAAAAUGUUCUCAACAGUUCAGUUAGCUCUGGCUGUGAAAAAGGGUAGCCCAUUUAAAGAACACAUCAGACAACGAGCCCGUUGGUUAAAGGAGUCAGGGAUAUCCGACAGAGAGUACAAAUACUGGAUUGUUCAGAAACCAAAAUGCCACGGAAACGUUGAAGGAUUUAACAGUGUGCGCUUACAGGAUUUCUACCCAGCUUUGUUGGUUUUCGCUUAUGGUUUGGUUCUAGCUGUAGGUAUUCUCAUUCUCGAGCUGCUUUACCAGAAACUUCUCUCCCUGAAAUACAGACGCUAUUAA